UAGCCAUCGACACGGAAACCGCAGCAAUCAUGGCGUCGGCAUACUCCAAUCUGCCCAUGGACGGCGACGACGAAUUCGACGAGAACCAAAUCGACUUUACCGACAUCGAAGAGCAGUUCCAGGUCCGGUUGGAUGAGGGGCUUGACGCCUUUGUCGUGAUUGACGGCCUGCCCGUUGUGCCCGAGGACAGCAAGGGCAAACUGAUCAAGUUCGUGCUGCGCAAGCUGAACAGCGUCGGCAAGGUCAAGGACGAUGGCGUGCACAUGCCCGUGGGCGAGUCGGGCAAGACGGAGGGAUAUGCCUUUGUCGAGUACAGCGCGCCCGCCGAGGCCGUCGCAGCCGUCAAGCAGCUGCAUGGAACCCCGCUCGACAAGAAGCACACCAUGGCUGUGAACAAGCUUACCGACAUUGACCGCUACGGCAAGGAGGGACGCAUCGACGACGAAUACCACCCGCCCGAGAUUCCUCCAUUUGAGCACAAGGAGCACCUGAGGUGGUGGCUUGGAGACGCAGACUGCCGCGACCAGAUUGCCAUGUACCGCCAGGACAGAGUCGGUGUCUUCUGGAACGAGAAGGAAGACCAGCCCGAGCAGGUGGUAGACCGCGAAAACUGGACAGAGUCUUUUAUCCAGUGGUCGCCACAGGGAACCUACCUCACUUCGAUGCAUGCCCAGGGUGUGCAGCUGUGGGGAGGCAAGUCGUGGAGCAGACAAAAACGUUUCGCCCAUCCUGGUGUCAACCUGGUCGACUUCUCGCCCGGCGAGAACUACCUCACCACCUGGUCGCAUCGCCCGCUCCAAGUCGACGAGAACCACCCCGUCCCGUCGCUCUCGCUCGAGGAGGACGGCAAGAACUACAUCAUCUGGGACAUCGCCACAGGCAAGCCGCUGCGUUCGUUCGCUACCAUCGACGUCCCCGGUGGCACCGACCCCGAUGGCAACCCCAUCAAGAAGAAGCUACAAUGGCCCACGUUCAAGUGGUCUUCCGACGACAAGUACGUGGCGCGCAUGACCCAAGGCCAGUCCAUCUCCAUCUACGAGCUGCCCCGCAUGAACCUGCUCGACAAGACGUCGGUCAAGAUCGAGGGCGUCAUGGACUUUGAGUGGGCUCCUGCUACCCCCCGCCGAGAAGGAAUCAAGCACUACGAGCAGCUCUUCUGCUACUGGACUCCCGAACUUGGCAGCAAUCCCGCCAAAGUCGGACUCAUGUCUAUCCCAUCCAAGGAGGUUGUUCGUACCCGCAACCUCUUCAACGUCUCUGACGCCAAGCUCCACUGGCAAUCAGAAGCAGCCUACGUCUGUGUCAAGGUCGAUCGCCACUCCAAGUCCAAGAAGUCGCUUGCGACAAACUUGGAAAUCUUCCGCGUCCGCGAAAAGGGCGUGCCAGUCGAGGUUGUUGAUUCCAUCAAGGACACCGUCAUCAACUUUGCCUGGGAACCCAAGGGCAACCGCUUUGUGCUCAUCACCACCGGUGAGGUUAUUCAAGGCGCAGCCGUAGGCCCCAAGACUGCCGUUUCCUUCUUUGCUACCGAAAAGCUCAAGGGAGGAGCAGUUGGAAAUUUCCGCCACAUCCGAACCAUUGACAAGAAGAACAGCAACGCCAUCUACUGGUCGCCAAAGGGAAGGUUUGUCGUUGUUGCCGCCCUGCAGUCACAGCAGUCGUUCGAGCUCGAGUUCUGGGACAUGAGCUUUGACAAGCCCAAGGACGAGUCGGAGAAGGGUGACAAGGAGGUCAACGCCAACCUGCAGCUCAUGGACACUGCUGAACACUAUGGUGUGACAGACAUUGAGUGGGACCCUACUGGCCGCUAUGUCGCCACCGUUGCGAGUGCUUUCCGUCACCGAAUGGAAAAUGGCUACCAUCUCUAUGACUUCAAGGGCACACUCCUCCGCGAGGAAGCCAUUGAAGGCUUCAAGCAGCUCCUCUGGCGUCCACGACCCCCGACACUCCUUUCCAAGGAGGAGCAGGCUGAGAUUCGCAAGAAUCUGCGCAACUACUCCAAGAUCUUUGAUGAGCAAGAUCUUGCCAAGAAGAGUUCGGCCAACAAGGCUGUUGUGGAGGCUCGUCGUGAGAUGUUCAAUGAGUGGCGCAGGUGGCGAGAAGAGGUUACCGAGAGGCUGCAGGAAGAAGGAGCAGAGCUGGAACUUGCGACCCUCAAGGGACAGACGCCUGGACAGGCUGAAGAUGGCCACCAAGAGGAGAUUGAGGAGAUUGUCGAGGAGAUUGUUGAAGAGACUGAGGAGGUCAUCAACUAGGUUGAUUGGGGUGUAGAUUAGGGGGCGGGUUGGACAUGCAUCAGACAAUGUGGUGGAAGCCAGUUUGUUCAAGACGAGCACACGACUGAUGAAAAGAUUUAUGUGAUACCUACGUGUGUGACUAUCAGUGAGCAGCAUAUGGAUUGAUCAUGCUCAUGAGCUUGCGAAAAGUAGGCGUAAUGAGGCAAAAGGCAGAUAGAGAAGCGAUGUAUGGAUAUUUCGAACGGG